AUGUCACUAGAACGAGCCUUUAUGCGCUUGACUCUACAGCCGAAGACUGUGUGUUCGCACUGCAGGAGGUCUUUUGCGUCAGGCAAGCCGAGAGCACAGCAGCAAGCGACAACAUCAGCUGUCGAGGAGCUUCUAAAAGCAACUCGCGGUGACAACGGUGCGCAACGGAAUCUAUCUAGUCAACCACCGCCGUCCUCCACCGCUGCAACAGGGCCUCCGAUUGCCGCGACCUCAAGCAGCAAUGCCGCCUUCGAUCUCGCCCGUAAGACAGUGCAGGAAACGACCGGUACCCGUCGGAAAAGUCAACUGGCCGAGCGUGAGGCUCGCCUUUCCAGCCGCAAGGACUACGAGCAACAAAUGCCCCGUCGCUGGAAGGCGGGCGAUAUCUACAGCCCCCAUGACCUGUCCGGCGUCGAAGCUUCGAAAUGGAAGAAGAUCCGGCGAAAGCCGCGGGUACGAGGUCAAGGGCGGGACGUCCUGGAUCAGCUCGGCAUCGAUCCACGGGAGCAUUACAAGAACUUCAGCAUGAUGGCGGAGUAUGUCAGUGAGAUGGGCAGGAUUAAGCAUAGUAGUGAGAGCGGCUUGAGGCCGGUCAACCAACGGCGUAUGGCGAAAGCUAUCCGGAGAGCGAUUGGGAUGGGGUUGAUGCCGAGUGUGUACAAGCAUCCGGAGUUGCUCAGGGAGGAGGUCGCGUAUAGGUCGAACUGGCAGAAGAAUAACUUCUUCUCUUGA